UAACGCGUGUGACUUCCUCUCUUUCCUUCGUAAUACGACACGACCUUCCAUCGAUUCGGACCGUAAAAGAGUGAAAAACAUUAAUGAUGACGAUCUGAAAUUUUUUUUUUCCUCUUACAUAUUGAAUUCUCCGACACCAGAUAGCUUCCCCUGUUCUGUCUGUUUUUAUAUAUUCUGAUGCACUAGUUUCACCCGCGAUUACGUUACCUUACCGACUUCUCCAUUUCCUCUUCUUAUUUAACAUCCCCAUCACUGCUUCGACGUGGUGUAUACAAUUAGAUUUGAUUACUAAACGGAAAAAAAAAAAAAAAAUCAAUUUCGUUUUCGUAUGAAUUGGAGUUUGAAGAUUUUCAUCAUUUUCGAUUAAUUUCCGUUUCGGAAUUGGUGGAUCGAUUUGAUUGCGAUUUGAUCCGAAUCGGAUUUGGAAUCGGUUUAUGAGAUGGUACAUCUCCAGAGCUCGAUCUCCGUCGUAGAACAUCAAUCACCGAUCAUGUCUCAUCACCACAACAACAAGCCAAGAACCAAUCGCAAAUCAUCAUCAUCAUCAUCAAUCUGCUGCGACGGAUCUCCAUCAGCAGCAAUCGACGUUUUGAUCCUAAUCGCAGUCGUAACAUCAUCAGGCUUCUUGAUCUUCCCUUACAUCAGAUUCAUCACCGUCAAAUCCGUUGAGAUCUUCUCAGACAUCUCUUGUUUAGUCAAGGAAGAGAUUCUCCGUAACCCUGACCCGAUCGUAUACGGUUUGAUCGCGCUGAGCGUGUCGUGUACGGCCUUGUCGGCGUGGAUGAUUGUUAUAUUAGUUUCUAGUCGGAAUAAAUGCGGGAAGCCUGAUUGUAGAGGGCUUGGGAAGGCUAAUGCGGAGUUUGAUAUUCAGUUAGAGACGGAGGAUUGUGUUAAGGGAUCGUCGAGUGCGAGUGUUGUUAGUAAGAAAGGGUUGUUUGAGUUGCCUCGUGAUCAUCAUCGUGAGUUGGAGGCGGAGCUGAAGAAGAUGGCUCCGGUUAAUGGUAGGGCGGUGUUGGUUUUUAGGGCGAAGUGUGGGUGUUCUGUUGGGAGGUUAGAGGUUCCUGGUCCUAAGAAGCAGCAAAGGAAAAUCAAGAAAUGAAGAAAAAAGGUUUUUUAUCUUUUCUUUUGAGAUGAAAGAUGGGAUCAUUACAGUUUGUGAUGAUGAUGAUGAUGAUUAUACUUUGAUUAGCUUAUAAACAUGUUUUUUUUCUUUAUCUUUUGGGGUUUAGUGAUUUUUCACUUGAACUUCUUACACAGACUAAUAUGAUGUUAAUCUCCAUGUGUUUAAAUAAAAGACUUUACUAUGAGGAUAUUGCAGAAAAAAAUGGUUUCUAGUGAAGAACAAUGAUUUAGAUAUUUAAGUUUUGAAUGUCUUCUCAUGUUUCUUGAUUGUAUGCAUUUUGUUCUGGCUAUCAUGGUU